GGAAGAUAGUAGAAGCUCCUGGAGUCAUCUUCUUCACCAACAAGAAAUUGUUUUUCUGGAAAUCUCUAAGCUAUCGUCUUCCCUCCUAUUUAAAUGUUUCAUUCUUCCCGGUGGAAGCUAACCUUAGCAGCAGCAAACAAUACCAACAUUACCAGCAACUCCAUAGACAACAAAUUCCAUUUCUAUUCUCUCUUAUUUCUCUGUUUCUUAACCAAUAUCUUCUGCUUUAAAUUUCAACCUCCAUGUCUCUGAUUCCAAGCAUUUUCGGUGGUCGCCGGAGCAACGUCUUCGACCCCUUUUCAUUGAACAUUUGGGAUCCAUUUGAAGGCUUGCCAUUUUCGAACUCAUUGGCCAAUGUCCCCUCUUCUGCUCGUGAAACCUCUGCUUUUGCCAACACUCGGAUUGAUUGGAAAGAAACCCCACAAGCCCACAUCUUCAAGGCGGAUCUUCCCGGAAUCAAGAAGGAAGAAGUCAAAGUAGAGGUGGAAGAAGGCAGAGUUCUGCAAAUCAGUGGAGAGAGGAGCAAAGAGCAGGAGGAGAAGAACGAAAAAUGGCAUAGGAUUGAGCGGAGCAGUGGGAAGUUCAUGAGGAGGUUCAGGUUGCCUAAGAAUGCAAAAGUGGAGGAGGUGAAGGCCAACAUGGAGAAUGGAGUUCUGACUGUGACAGUUCCUAAACUGGAGAAGAACCCUUGUAAACUUUAAUUUCAUGAUUAAAACUCUAAUAUUGUAUAUAAAACUGUAAUAUGGUAUAUAACAAUAAUUGUGUUUCUCUCACUCUUUUAAUCUUAAUUUUGUUUUUUUUUAUGGAAAUAAUAAACAACUUAAAAGAA